UUAGCGUCUAACUUCAGACCAAAGUUACUUUUCUAACCUUCUAAAUUUAAUUUUCAUAAAAAUAUACAUGCUUUUGAAUUUUAAAAAUGCCUUUAAUUGAAAAAGACACCAAAUUUGACAAUAAAAAGAUCCAGCAGAUACUUCGCAACGAAAACCAAUUUAUCUCGCACCUAUUUUCAAUAGUCGCCUUUCCUCAAAGGAGAAGCACUGACGAAGCAGAUGAGGAAGUAGAAAAUGGUAAUCAAAUUGAUACAACCUCUGAUAAGAAGCCUAGAGCAAAAUCGCUUCAAGAAUUAGAAGAACGCCUUAAAACGAUAACAAGCAACAAGAAAAGGCUCUCUUACAAAGAAAAAUUGGCAAAAAAAGGCUUGAAGAACCGUUUAAAGAAGAAAACUAAACAGGUUGAAAGAAAGGCAAAGUUAAAGUUAGAGAGAGCUGCUAAAAUUGCUAUUAAGGAAGAGAUUAAAGAAGAGGUAACAGAAGAUAAUAAGCCUAUGUUUAAUAGUGAAAAUAAACUAGUUUACUCCAAAAUAGACUUUGCAAAUUUAGGAAAAAAGAAACACAAAAAGCACAAGAAAGAUCCAAAGAAACUGUUAGAAGAAAUAAAUGAAGAAAAACAGGUAUUAGAUAAGCUUGAACAAGAAGGUAACAUUCACGAAGUAGUACAAAUUAAAGAAAAGAAAGCUUGGAAAAAUGCCCUGGCUAAAGCCGAAGGCCAGAAAGUCAAAGACGACCCGACGUUACUGAAAAAAUCGGUAAAAAAGAAGGAACAAAAAGUGAGAUCUAGUAAAAAGAAGUGGGAAGCUAGGAUACAUGGAGUAGAGAAGUCAAAAGAACAACGGCAAAAGAAACGGAAAGAGAACAUAGACAAAAAGAAAAAAGACAAGAAAGUUAAGAAAAUGAAAAGUGCAUCGAAGAGAGGAAAAAUAAUUCCAGGGUUUUAAAUAAAUUUUUACAAAAAAAGGUUGUUUUUUUAACUAUAUAUUUAUUGUGCAAAAGGUACAGAGUAAGAACCUUUGGAAAACAUGGUUAGGACUUAAAUUUAAUCAAAAAUCUACAAAUAUGGAAGUCCCCUCAGCAGACUUGUAGACUCUUUAAAUAUUCCUAUAGUGAAUAACUUCAAUAUAAAGUAACUUACGUAUAUACAUAUUACUAUAUCAAGAAAUAUAAGAUAAUACAUAGAGAGCCACAAUAUAUAAAUAAAUUUGUAAAGCAUAAAAAAAUGACUAGAUAAAGGCAAAAUAUCACAUUUUUUUCUUUGGGAAAAAUACAAGACAUAGAGAUGAUAGAUGCAAAAGUCACUCUUUGCAAAAAGUUGGAAAAUUACAGUAAAUUGUAAAAAUAUUAGUUAUUCUUGAAAAAAUCAUAAAUUAGUUUUAAAAAUAAUUAAUUUUCCCUAAAAUUUAUGCUCUAUUCUUAUUAUUUAUUAGUAAUAGAUUUCAAUCAAGGAGGGAUUUUGCAUCUAAGUUCCUCAUAUAGACUCUAAAUCUGAUAAAUAUAAUAUAGGAUCACAUAACUUAAAAAUAGUUCUGGUUUCAUUAUUUGGCAUUUUAUUAAAUGGAGAAUGUAUAGGAACCAACAAAAUAAACAAUAUUAAGCCCCGUGUACACCUAACGUUUUACCUCUCAGGCAAAACGUAUCAAGUAAAUUAUUACGUGUAGACCAAAAAAGACGUUUUAUUUGACUGAAUACUAUGACAGGAUCAUUCAGUUUUACAACAAAACUGUCGUUUUGCCUACUAGUAUAGUAAAUGGUAGCAGAGUAUUAUAAUGUAAAGGUGGAAAAAAAUUAGUAACCAACCAAUCUCAGCGGGGAUGUGUAGAUAAUCGUCUCCUAUUUAACCCCUCAAAGACCGUGAGCUGAUUUAAUUUAUAUUUAUUGUAUACAGGGUGCUGCAAAUUCGAGGUACGAGCAUUGGUAUCUCGGAAACUGUAAUAGAUACGAACAUCGUUAAAUUGGACAAAUUUCCGCCCUGGGAUGUCCACCAUGAUGCCAUUCAAUAAGAUUCAAAAAUUUCAAGUAUUGCUGAGUUAUUUAAAAAAAUCGAUUUUUUCGAAAAACAAUUUUAUUUUUUCCUGUCGCUACUUUUUAGAAAAUUCUAAAACUAAUUCCAUGGCCACUUUAUCAAAGCUACAUGAUAGUAUUUUUAGAUUUUCAGUUUAGGUAAUAAUUUGUGACAUACAUAGGCCAACUUAUUUGGUUUAGGUUUUUUCAAACUUUCCCCACUGGGACCGACUUUUGACUGGGUUAAAUAGAUCAUUAUCUACACAUUCCCGCUGAGACUCAUUGGUUACUAAAUUACUUAACCUCCAGAUUGACUGGGCUAUACACUGAAAAAAAAAAUUACAUAGAAAUAUACAAUAUGAUCGAAAAAAACGGCGUCAGUGAUGGCUAUGAAAUAAAGAUCGCUGUCAUUUAAUCUGUAAAAUUAUAAGGGAAAUUUCAUCAAUGUUCGUUUCCAAGCCAACAGGAAGCCGUUCUUUUUUCGAUCAUACAGUACAAAUUUGUAGUAAAAUUGCAUGAUUUUUUUUCAGUUACUUUCAGAGAUAAAACCAUAGGCAAAACAACUUCCAGUGUAUAUGCUAAUAUUUAAUCCGCCUUACCUGACAAAUUGCUCCAGAGUUCCACAGCCCACUUGAGCAGCGAACCAACCAUAGGCCUAUUCCGAUCUCCGAAGAAUAUUCGAUUGAUAUGUUAAUACUACUGCACGUUGUAUUUGUAAAGCUGAAAUAUAUACCCACUACGAUUAUA